UAUGAUUCAUACUCGCUCUCCUGGUUCUUCUCUCUUUCUUUCACUCUUCACCAAACACUCUCCUCAUCAAUCUUCCUUUAUAAUCUUCCCCCUCCCCCUCCCGCUCUUGGGGAAUUGCUCUUCUCCUCAUAACAUUAACUAAAUCCAGCCACCAUGUCAACUCCCCUCCUCGUCUCCUACGACCCCGCCGCCCCCUCCGCCGGCGGCUUGUCGCUCAAGCAGAUCGCCUACUUCGGCCGCGUUCUCAUCAAGGUCUCCAGUCUUGCUCAGGCAGAGGACUUCCUCAAGCGCAACUUCCGUCUCCUUGAUGUCUAUGUCGAUGCUACCGCCAUUGCCUCCUCCGGGGACCUGGUCGAUAUCCUCAAUGCCGGUGCCGCCAAGAUCUUUGUCACUCUGAACCAAUUGACCGCCCUGUCGGAAGAGCAGGCCGUCCCCUCGUCUCGCAUCGUUGCCAUUGCCUCCGAGAGCCAAAUCAAUGCCUUCAAGUCGUGGGUGGGCGAGUCCGCCGAACGCCAAGAGGCCGGUCUUUCGACCGAUGCCGCCGCCAUCAAGACCCUGGCCGAGCAGCUGAACAUGAACCUUGAGGCCCAGAACCUUUAUCGCACAUACUCCGGUGCUGUCACCGAGGACGAUCUGAAAGACACCAUUGGACAAGGAGGCGUUGGCGUCGUUCCGGCCGACGCUUUGACUUUUGACCACCAACAACCCAACGGCAAGAUCGUCGCCGCCUCAUUGGUCGCCGCUCGCGCCGUGACCGACCAGAGCAACGGUCUUUAUGCCACUAGCGUCACCGAUGAAAGAGGAAUCUGCUUGGGGCUGGUUUGGAGUAGCAGCGAGAGCAUUGCGGAGGCCCUUCGCACCGGUACCGGCGUCUACCAGAGCCGCAAGCGGGGCUUGUGGUACAAGGGUCAAUCCAGCGGAGAUGUGCAAGAACUGAUCCGCAUCGGUUUCGAUUGCGACAGCGACUGCUUGGUCUUUGUUGUCAACCAGAUUGGUAGAGGUUUCUGUCACCUUGGAGCCCCCAGCUGUUUCGGACCUUACAACGGACUUGCCCGUCUGCAGAAGACGCUGCAAGCCCGCAAGGCCGAUGCCCCCGCCGGAUCCUACACCGCUCGUCUGUUCAACGAGCCCAAGCUCACUCAAGCAAAGAUCAUGGAGGAGGCAGAUGAGCUGUGCCGUGCCAACACCAAGGAGGAGAUUGCCUUCGAGGCUGCCGAUUUGCUCUACUUUGCUCUGACCCGCUGUGUCGCUGCUGAUGUCAGUCUCGAGGACGUGGAACGGAACCUGGACCUGAAGAGCUUGAAGGUCAAGCGCAGAAAGGGUGAUGCCAAGGGCCCUUGGGCGGAGAAGGCUGGCUUGACGGCCGCCACCCCUGAGUCGAAGCCAGCUGCUCCCGAGCCGGCACCCCAGAAGGACGAGUCUCUCCAGAUGACUCGCGUGGUCACCGCUUCUACCCCGGUUGACGUGGUCAAGGAGUAUCUCAAGCGUCCCUCUCAGAAGUCCAACGAUGCAAUUGUCGCUCUCGUCCGCCCUAUCAUCAAGGAUGUUCGCGAGAACGGUGAUGCCGGCGUGCUCAAAUACACCCACAAGUUUGAAAAGGCGACUUCUCUGACCUCGCCGGUUCUCCGUGCCCCCUUCGCACCUGAAUUGAUGAAGCUGUCCCCGGAGACCCAGGAGGCCCUUGACAUCAGCAUUGCCAACAUCCAGAAGUUCCACAGUGCUCAGAAGGGCAGCCCCGAGGGUCUCAAGGUUGAGACCAUGCCGGGUGUUGUGUGCUCUCGUUUCUCGCGUCCUAUUGAGCGCGUGGGUCUCUACAUUCCUGGUGGCACUGCCGUUCUGCCGUCCACGGCCAUGAUGUUGGGAGUUCCUGCCAUGGUGGCCGGCUGUGAGAAGAUUGUCCUCGCGUCGCCUCCUCGUGCGGACGGUAGCAUCUCCCCGGAGAUUGUCUAUGUCGCGCACAAGGUGGGCGCUGAGAGUAUUGUGCUGGCUGGUGGUGCCCAGGCGGUUGCGGCCAUGGCGUACGGUACGGAGAGCGUCAGCAAGGUCGACAAGAUUCUGGGUCCUGGUAACCAGUUCGUCACCGCGGCCAAGAUGUUGGUCUCCAACGACACCUCCGCCGGUGUCAGCAUUGACAUGCCGGCCGGCCCUAGUGAGGUGUUGGUGAUUGCGGACAAGGACGCCAACCCGGCUUUUGUGGCCUCUGACCUUCUCAGCCAGGCCGAGCAUGGCGUGGACUCCCAGGUCAUCCUGAUUGCCAUCGACCUCAAUGAGGAGCAGCUCCAGGCUAUUGAGAAGGAGGUUGACAUUCAGGCCAAGGCUUUGCCCCGCGUGGAUAUCGUGAAGGGUUCUUUGGCCCACUCGGUCACUUUCGUCGUGCGCGACCUCGCCGAGGCUAUGGCUCUGAGCAACGAAUAUGCCCCGGAGCAUUUGAUCCUGCAGAUUCAGAACGCUGAGGCUGCUGUGGCCAGUGUCAAGAAUGCCGGCAGUGUCUUUGUCGGACAGUGGACUCCCGAGAGUGUUGGCGACUACUCUGCCGGCACGAACCACUCUCUGCCUACCUAUGGGUAUGCCAAGCAGUACUCGGGAGUGAACUUGGGAUCCUUCCUCAAGCACAUCACCAGCUCCAACCUGACCGCCGAGGGCUUGCUGGGGCUGUCUCGCACGGUGGAGCAGCUGGCUGCAGUUGAGGGUCUGGACGCGCACAAGCGGGCUGUAAGUAUCCGCGUGGCGCACAUGAAGAAGCAGCAACAGCAGUAGUAGUGCAGCAGUAGAUUAUCAGCCGUGAUUUCCUUCUUAGCGGCUGAUUUACGAUUUGACGCGUGUUGUAAUGCAAGCAUAGCCAAUCAGAAAAGUAUGAUUUU